CAGACAGGGAGCUGCUGUGGUUUCCAGUCUGGACGACUGAUAAAUGAACUGAUCUGUUUUUCUCGUUUCUUUUCCCUCUCAGACUCUCAGUCCUGACCACACCGCCCCCCCCCCCCCCCACCUCCUCCUGUCAGGAGCUCUACAAACCUCCACCCCCCCCUCCGGCUGACCCUGCAAACAACGUCUCCCACCAAAAUAAAAACUGAGAAGAAGAAAAGUCUGAGCAGGAAAUUAAGCAACAGAAGAGUUUUUCCGUCUCUGAGGAUUGUUCACCGCUCGUUUCCUGGCUGUCAGCUGAGCGUCAGAAACAGGAAGCGGGGGGGCGGAGUCUCACCUGAGGCAGGUCCAUGUCUCCGGCGCUCAGCAUGAGGAGGCUCUGAGGAGAUUUUAAAUAAAGUUGGUUCAAAGCGAAGGAGGCGCGGGAGCAUGGGGAAGGAGCAGGACCUGCUGCAGGCGGUGAAGAGCGGAGACCUGCUGUCCACUCAGAAGCUGCUGUCCAAGCUCAAGACCAACAGGAACAAGCUGCUGGGCUCCACCAAGAGACUGAACGUCAACUACCAGGACUCAGAUGGGUUCUCGGCCCUGCACCACGCUGCUCUCACAGGGACCACAGAGCUCCUGACUGCGCUGCUGGAGGCUCAGGCCACUGUGGACAUCAAGGACAGCAACGGGAUGCGUCCUCUGCACUACGCGGCCUGGCAGGGGAAGGCGGAGUCUGUCCUGAUGCUGCUGCGCUCCGGCGCCUCGGUCAACGGCGUCUCUCUGGACGGACACAUCCCGCUGCACCUGGCCGCUCAGUACGGACACUAUGAAGUGUCUGAGAUGCUGCUGCAGCAUCAGUCCAACCCCUGUCUGGUCAACAAGGCCAAGAAGACGCCUCUGGACCUGGCCUGUGAGUUCGGACGAGUCAAGGUGGCCCAGCUGUUGCUGAGCAGUAACAUGGUGGUGGCGUUGUUGGAGGGAGAGAGGAAGGAGCCGACAGACUCCGCCUUCACCACCCCGCUGCACCUCGCCGCCCGGAAUGGCCAUAAAGACAUCAUACGGCUGCUGCUGAAGGCCGGCAUCGACAUCAACAAGACCACCAAGUCCGGAACAGCUCUGCACGAGGCGUCUCUGUACGGGAAGACGGAGGUGGUGCGGCUGCUGCUGGACGCCGGCGUGGACGUGAACAUCAGGAACACCUACAACCAGACGGCGCUGGACAUCGUCAACCAGUUCACCACAUCACACGCCAGCAAGGACAUCAAGCAGCUGCUGCGAGAUGCGACGGGAGUCUUGCAGGUCAGAGCUCUGAAGGACUACUGGAACCUCCAUGAUCCCACCGCCCUCAACAUCCGGGCCGGUGACAUCAUCACGGUGUUGGAGCAGCAUGUGGACGGACGCUGGAAGGGACACAUCCACGACAGCCCGAGAGGGAUGGACCGAGUCGGCUUCUUCCCUCCGUCCAUCGUGGAGGUGAUCAGCAGGAGGAACGGGGGCACCCUCUCCCGGCACGCCUCUCUGCCCACCGGACAGCGCCAGCAGCUGCUGUCCAGAGCCCCCCUCUCCUCCAGCCUCAGCUCCGCCCCCCAGACUGACGACUCGUACACUCUGUACGCCCCCCCCACCCACGUGGUGCUGCCGCUGGCCAACGGCCUCACUGCCAGCACAGGUCUGUCUCCGAGCCGCCUGUCCCAGUCCGGGUGUCCCUUCGAGGACAUCUGGGUUCUCAGGGACUCGUGUCAUGCUGGAGACAGGAACAGCGUCGGCAGCACAGGUAGCGUCGGCAGCACGCGCAGCGCCGGGAGCGGACAGAGCACGGAGAGCAACAACGCACCUAACGGACUGCAACACCACGCCGGUCACCAUGACAACGCCAACAAGGUGGCGCCCCCUGCUGCUGAUGCUGGACACUCAGACCUCAGUAAACAGCCUGACCAUCCUGCAGGUGGGACUCCUCGGAGGCAGGCGGUGGCGGUGCAGAGACCUGCAGAGCAGAGCUUCUCCCAGCAGUUUGUCCGUCCUCAGCAGCUGCUGGACGGGAAGGAUGCAGAGGCCAUCUAUCAGUGGCUGAGUGACUUCCAGCUGGAGCAGUACACCGGGAACUUCAUCAGCGCUGGUUACGAUGUACCGACCAUCAGCAGGAUGACUCCUGAGGACCUGACCGCCAUCGGAGUCACCAAACCAGGCCACCGCAAGAAGAUUUCCAUUGAGAUCAACAACCUGAACAUCCCUGAGUGGCUGCCUGAGUACAUCCCAUCUGACCUGGGCGAGUGGCUCAGCGCCAUCGGCCUCCCGCAGUACCACAAGAAACUGUCGGAGAACGGCUACGACUCCAUCAGCAUCGUCAAAGACCUGACGUGGGAGGAUCUGCAGGAGAUCGGCAUCACCAAGCUCGGCCACCAGAAGAAGCUGAUGUUGGCGGUGAAGAAGCUGUGCGACAUCCAGAGAGCGAUCCUCCAGGCCGAAUCGGGCCAAGGCACGCUGCGACGCAAAGGCCCCGGAGCCCUGCACCUGGUCACCAUCGAGCCGCCCGACCCCGCCGGUGAGAGCUCUUCUCCUCACACCCCGAAGAUGCUGACCUUCCAGGACAGCGAGCUGAGCGCCGAGCUUCAGACGGCCAUGUCCAGCCACUACGGUGGCUGCGAGGACGGACUGGCCAUCAAGAACGCCGUGGGCAUGUCCCAGAGCCAGGAGAGCAUCGACACCCGGUCCCGAGGCUCCGGCCGCUCCCAGGAGCCUCCGACAGCCUCCGUCACGCCACACAGCUGGUCCCAGGAGAGUCUGGACGGCAGCCCCGCCAAGGAGAGGAACCUCCCCGAGGGCUGGGACCAGAGGCCUCUGCAGCAGCAGCCGCCGCCCAAGCAGGUUCCUCUGGGCACGGCCACGGUGUUCAAGUACCCGGCCAUCCCGACCAAGCCCAAACUGUCUGGGUCCGGUGGCCCCUCCCCCCACGGCUCCCCGUCGCUGAAAGGUUUCAGUUACCUGCAUUCUCACUGUGGAUCCACAGACCUGAGCUCCUCCUCGAGGUCUGCGGACCACACCCUGACCCUGACGCCCCCCAAGAAGCGCACCCAGAGCAUGACCCGCUACGCCCUGUCGGACGGAGAACCCGAUGAGGACGACGACGAACCCGUGUCCGGGAACUUGUCGUCCUACGCCACCUUAACCCGCAAGCCGGGCCGCAGCCAGUUGGCCCGACUCCAGUCCAGUCCAGAGAAGAACGGCAACGUGGGGCGCAGUCAGUCGUUUGCUGUGCGUGCCCGGAAAAAGGGUCCCCCUCCUCCCCCGCCAAAGAGACUGAGUUCAGUGAGCAGCACCGCCGGCGGGGAGCUGAGCGACGGCAGCACCACGUCGCCUGGCGGCCGGGUGCUCACCGACAGUCCCGGCAGUGUCAGGAGCCUCACCGCCUCUCUGGAGGGAAACGCAGACGGGAGGAGCUCCUAGGACCAAAACCAGACCUCGUCCACCAGGAGCCCGGGGGUGAGGAGGAGGGUGCAGAGCGAGUGUAUUCCCGCCCACACCAGCUCCGAGCCGGACCGGGGGGUGAAGUCUGACUCAGAGGAGGAGGAAUCUAAAGGUCGGGGACUGGAGGGAUCCUCGUCCCCCCACAACAGCUCCAGUGAGUGCAUCCCCUUCGCAGAGGAGGGAAACCUGACCAUCAAACAGAGGCCCAAAGCUCCGGGGCCCCCCAGGGCCGAGGCCGUGCUGGAGCCUCCAGAGAAAGCAGGAGCCAAGAACCUGGAGCUUCCCGAGUUCAACCUGAAGGAGUCGGACACGGUGAAGCGCCGACACAAACCCAAAGACAAGGAGGCGGGAGGAGGCUCCCCCAGCAGAGAGGGGGCGUCCGGCUCAGAGUCCGGCGGCAGCAGACCUCCGUCCCAGAGCCAGGAGGAGGUCAGUCUGAGGAUCAGUGAGGCCGGUCUGGAGCGGCCCUCCAGUCCAGCUACAGGGUCCCCCAUCAAACCCCCGCUCUCCCCGAAACCUCCCACUGUCGCCCCCAAACCAGUCCGCCACAGUCUGCUGGCUGCACAAGCAGCUGGACUCUCCUCUCCAGCUGUGACCGUCAGCGUGGUCCAAAGCGUGGCCUUCACGUCUCCAUCCUCCCCGUCCCACGGGCCCCCGGCUCUGGCCCCGGCUCCGGCUCCAGCUCCGCCUCCGGCUCCGGCUCCGGCUCCGGCUCCGGCUCCGGCUCCGGCUCCGGCUCCGGCUCCGGCUCCAACCUCGGCCCCUCAGAGUCCCUCUCUGGCAGCAGCGAGGCCUCAGGUGUGUGUGGUGGGUCCAGGUCUCGUCCCUGAGGCUUCCUGUGGGACUGAGGUGGUUCAGCAGAGACUGGAUCAGACCAGCACGUCUCUGGAAGCAGCUCUGAAGGCGGUGGAGAGGAAACUGGAGGACGACUCAGACGGCGGCGUGAGCACGGUGAAGUCUGCCGGGACCAUCCUGGACGACAUCGGCAACAUGUUCGACGACCUGGCCGACCAGCUGGACGCCAUGUUGGACUGAAGAGCGACGCCUCCACAACAAAACAUUCUGCUUCAACCUCGAGUGAAACACAGGAGGAGAGAAAGGGGGGGAUGGAGGGAUGAUGGAGGGAUAUCACCUCCGGUGUUUUACCCCCCCGAUACUGAACUCCGCGGUCACGACGGAGGACGAGGAGGAGUCAGAUACUUGUUUGUGCUUCCUCCAUCAGACUGAAUCUGUUCCUGUGUGGACGUCAGACCUCCUCAACACUCGUGUCGUGUCUCAGACGUGAAGCAAACACAGAGACAGAAGCUGGACCAGCAGAAUAUCCUCCACUGUGAGGAGACGCUCCUGAGCAGAUCAUCAUUAUUAUUAUUAUCAUUAUUGUUAAACACUAAUAUUGUAACAUGAAGUUUUAUGAUUCUGACAUUUUAGAGAGCUGAAGACCUGACGUCACUUCCUGUUUCAGUCGGAUACUCUAAGAUAAAUGAGGAUGUAAUAGUAGAAGUUAAAACCCUCGGGUUUUAGAGCAACUAUCAUCAAUAUUAAUUAUGAACAAUGGAUCAAAUGACUGUGUGUUUCCUGAAGGAGUUUCAGUUUCCUGCAGUUCCACGGAGCCUCUUAGCUCCUUUUAGCUCCUGGUUUUGGUUCCCUGUCAUUGAGCUGGAGCUGGUGGAGACCAAACACAGAGUUAAGACAGAGGGAACACUGGACUGAGAUCAUUUCAUUAUCAUCAUUAAUUCAAAGCUGCAUCUGUGUGUUUAUUAAGCCCUUUUCCUGCUGGUCAAAGAACACACUCAGACCCUGUAACAUCAGGCUUUUGUUGUCAAUGGAAAAAGAGUCAAACGAUUUUUAUUAGCAGGUUUAAAUAAUCAGCUUAUACCUGCUAAUUUUGUUGGAAAAAGGAUGACUGUUGUUUAUGGUGCUGUUGACCAGUGUUGUGUUUAAUUGCUGCGCGGAAACGUCACAUCUAGUGAAAACUAGGCCGGACCGGCACAGAACAGCACUGUGAGCAGAUCUGUUCAAUGAUAGAAAACCCUGUUGGUUAAAAUUUUAUUUGAUCAUAUUGUAAGUUUUUGUUCAAAGGCAGAACUUUUAAUCCUCUAUGUAGUUUUUCAACAGAACCGGGACGGUCGGGUCUCACUUCAGCUCUCUAUUCAACAUGUCUGGCCAUUUCAAAUUUUACAUUUGUAAUAUUUAAAAAGAAAAAAAGUCUAUUUUAUACCAAGUGAUAUUAACCAUGUGUAGUUAGUCUUCCACUCGGCUCGGUGCCGGUUUGUGCGUCAGACCUUUUCUACAGAUUUGUGUGUGUGUUCAUGAAGCGACAGGAAGCUGUAAAACUGAUGCUCGUUGGAACUGUUUCUACAAAGGGAAGAGAAGCACGUUCAGCUCGUUUCACAUCGUAUGUACAGUGGAAGACGGCAUGUGACAUGUCAGUAAUAUACAUACUAUUUUUUGAUAUUCAUUUUAGCCAAAUUAGUAUUUAAAUUAGAGUUAUCUAAAUGUGUAUAAUGUACACUAGAGGUAUAUACAGGAGCUGGUAUUCAACCAAAGGUCUUUGUACAGAUUCUCCUCAGAUAUUUUCACAAACGUUUCCUUUAAAGAAAACAGACUCCUGAGCUCCUCCCCUCCUCGUUACUGUAAGAUGUUGAUGAACUGUUGCCCUGGUGUCCAGCCUGCAGCGUAUGGACAAAGUCUCCAUAUUUAGCAUGCCACAGCUCGAUUUGAUCAUGUUUCAUUCGUGAAAAAGAUCGUUAACCCCGGUGUGUCUGGUUUCUGUGUUUGUGAUCAUGUGACUUCUGUGUGAAUGAGAUGCUCUCUGUUGGAUUUUCUUUAUCUCUGAGUCUCAGGAAAAUCCCCCCCUGGACCUGAACGUGUCGUCCUGGUCACAGUAUGAAAGAUUUAAAAAGCUGUAUUAAAAAGAAAUCAAACAAUACACAAAUAUAUUUCUUUACAGUAUUUAUAUUACAUUAUUAAAUGAAAAAGAGUUACUAAAAGAAAAGUAUUUUUAAAUUACUUUUCUGUGCUGCAUGAAAAAAUAAAAUCAGAAGAAAGAAAAUCUAAUAUAUUGUAAUAUUUCAUUGCUGCCCAGCAGAGGGCAGAGACAACUCUCCCAGUACUGAAUCCUAGUAUUGCUGUUAGUUUUCAUGUGGAGGUAAAGAGAGGUGUUUGUUUUUGGGAGGCAAUUUCAUCAUCCCGAACAGCCUGGGACCAGACCUUACAGGAAAUGUAUAUAACAUCCAGGUGUUGGUCUCCUUAAGACCAGAAAUGUAGGCUAAAUGAGCUACAGGAACCUCUGAGGACCCAGGAUGGAUCCCUGAGGAACUCCAAAGUCAAAUGAACGUAAUCUGACAGUGUCAACAGUGAGCAGAUAAACAGACAGAAGUAUUGAUUAGAUAAAUAGAAGGAAAACAAUUCAAGUGCUGUAUUGUAUCAUGGGUUUUCUUUGGUUUCUUUUUAAGCAUUUUAAAUAUUUCAUACACAGUGGCUGGUGGUCAAGGACUGGUAGCAGCUUCGGGUUAACUACAGUCUGCAAAUCCACAUUCCAUAAAUGUGAUGUUUUCAAACCAAAACAUAAAAUGUUAAAAUUUUCUUCCUUUGUCUCUUCAUCAGCAUCGAAAAACAAGAAAAGUCAGAAAGCCAUGAAAAUAUUAAUAAUGAAAUUAUAAUCAGUCAGACUGCAACAUGUUGGAAGUGGAUGAUGUGUGUGUGUGUGUGUGUGUGUGUGUGUGUGUGUGUGUGUGUGUGUGUGUGUGUGUGUGUGUGUGUUAUUUUGAUAUCUCCUGUUGUUUUGGUGCUCUGUCCUCUCGGCUGUAUUGUUUGUUUAACCAUUAAAUAUCUAUAAUGUU